UGUUGAACAGAGGGAGACCGUCUGACGUCACGGGGUCACGUGACGGGGCUGAUAGUAUAUCUUUAAGUGGAAAAACUAUCCUAAUCUAUCAGACAGUCGUUUUAAAAACCCUGCAUGGGAAGCAUGCGUCAUCACCUCUCUUUAGUCCAAAGUCACUCGUAAUCAGGUUGGAGGAAAUACGCUGCGGAGCGGGAGAUCUGUGCGCUCAAGUUUGUUGAAACUUCCGAAGAGCCCUCGUCGGGAGAAAUAUUAUCUGAAGUUUUGAGUUUUCACUGGCAAGACGCUGUGACUGACCUGCAUUUAGCCAAGUGGUUGACAUCCGAGCUGACCGCCGGAGCAGACUGCGCUCUCACCUUCGGAUUCGGUUUCUCAGACAAGCGCGCAGCAAUGACCCUGUCAGGAAGCGGCAGCGCCAGCGACAUGUCCGGUCAGACGGUGCUCACUGCAGAAGACGUGGACAUAGAUGUCGUUGGUGAAGGCGAUGAGGGACUGGAGCGGGACAGCGAGUGUGGGAGCCCAGGCAUGCUGCCCGAGCCCGUCGACAAUGGAGACGACCUGGAAGUGCACGAGCGCACUCCCGGUAGCCCGUGUGAGAGUGGCGGCGAGAGCGAGCACAGAACAGGGGAGGAGGGCCACGAGAGCGCCACUACCACCGCGCCCAACAAGCCCAAGAGCAGCCUGGUGAAGCCGCCGUAUUCCUACAUCGCUCUUAUUACAAUGGCCAUCCUGCAGAGCCCACAGAAGAAACUCACGCUUAGUGGCAUCUGUGAGUUCAUCAGCAACCGCUUCCCGUACUACCGGGAGAAGUUCCCUGCGUGGCAGAACUCCAUCCGCCACAACCUGUCGCUUAACGACUGCUUCGUCAAGAUCCCGCGCGAGCCGGGCAACCCGGGCAAGGGCAACUACUGGACUCUGGACCCGCAGUCUGAAGACAUGUUCGACAACGGCAGCUUCUUGCGGAGGAGAAAGCGCUUCAAGAGGCAACCGGACAUUCUCCGGGACCAGACCGCUCUCGUCAUGCAGAGUUUCGGUGCGUACGGCCUCGGGAGUCCUUACGGGCGCCACUACGGCCUCCACCCGGCCGCCGCGUAUUCUCACCCAGCCGCGCUACAGUACCCGUACAUCCCUCCAGUGGGUCCCGUGCUGCCCCCGGCCGUCCCGCUCCUACCGUCAGCCGAGGUGAACCGGAAGGCGUUCAGCUCGCAGCUCAGCCCGAGCCUCCAGUUGCAGCUCAAUGGCCUGAGCGCAGCCGCCGCCGCCGCCGCCGCUGUCAGCACAGCGUCCAUGAUCAAGUCGGAGCCUUCGAGUCGGCCCUCGUUCAGCAUAGAGAACAUCAUUGGCGUGUCCAGCAGCAGUGGCACCGCAAGCGCACAGACAUUGUUGCGGCCGCCGGUCACGGUGCAGUCGGCGCUGCUGAGCGCGCACUCGCUCUCUUCGUUAACACGGAGCUCAGCCAUCCUCAGCGUGCCGCCGACAAACCUCAUCUCGGGACAGUUCUUACCGGCGGCGUCCACAGCAGCGGUAUCCAAAUGGCCUUCUCAGUGAUAAACUCAUUUUUUUAAUAUUUAAGGGAAGGGAUGGAAGAGACUGUACAGCACGAACUAGGCAGCACUGGACGAUUCGUCCACCUCAAUGUAGCCAUGUAAAGAAAAAAUUAAAAAAGAAAAUAUACAAAAUGGAGGAAUGCUUUCAGCACAGGUAAUAUUUGUAAAUAUUUGUAUGAAGAAAUUUACUUGUUCGAUUUUCUGAUUUUAUUUUUCUUUUAUUUGCUGUUCGAACCUUGACAUUUUGUAGUUGGAAGUGUUAAUUUUUAAUUUCCAUCAUAUAUAUGUGUUUUUCUCAUUUGGAAUCACACAAAAAACGUGAUUCAUUUAUUAGGGUAAUUCAUGUUAAUUUUUGAUUUAUUUUUAUUAUGGAACACAAAAUGUUCUUGUUCGAAGGCUGAACAAGUAGUCUGUUUAUACAAAAAAAAUAAAUAUAUGUAUUCUAUGUAGCUAUAUUGUGUUAUAAAUUCGAUACAU